AUGGCACAAGCUACGACUUCUUCUCGGGCGCCAGCGCCCACCGAAAAGACCUUCACCAAGUACACGCCCGACCAAGCCUCCACCUACACCCAAUUCCGCCGCAACUACCACCCCUCGGUCUACAAUUUCAUCAUCACCUCCCACACCACCACCGGCGGCCAACUGGACACUGUCCUGGACGUCGGCUGCGGCCCUGGCCUCGCCACUCGCACACUCGCCACCCACUUCCAGCACGCCCUCGGCCUCGACCCCUCGCCGGGCAUGAUCGACACGGCACGCACCCUCGGCGGCACCACCUUGAGCGGCUCUCCCAUCCAGUACACUGUCUCCAGCGCCGAAGCCCUGAACUCCAUCCCCGCCGCAUCCAUCGACCUCCUCACCGUCGCCAAUGCCGCCCACUGGUUCAGCAGCAUGCCGCACUUCUGGGCCCGCGCCGCCGAGGUCGUGCGGCCCAACGGCACCGUCGCCCUCUGGACCGGCAGCCAUUUCCGCGCCCUCCCGGACCUGCCCAAUGCGGAGAAGAUCCAGGCUGUCAUGGAGGCCCACGUGGACGACGAGAAUCUCGAGCCCUAUAUGGAGGAGGGGAAUAGGAUGGUGCGUGGCGGGUACGCGUCCCUGCCCCUGCCGUGGCACUGUGGCGUGCCGGCGUUUGAUGAGAAGGACUUUGUGCGUCAACAGUGGCCAGUCACCGAGCCAUUUUAUGAGGGGCAGGCGGAAGGCUCUGGUGUGGAUUUGAAGACGGCGGAGAAGAUGAUGGGGACGGGGAGCGCUAUUACUCGUUGGCGGGAGGCGAAUCCGGAAUUGGCGGGCACUGAGGCUGAUCCGGUGUGUAAGCUCGUUGCUGACAUUGGUCGCUUGUUGAGGGAGGCGGGUGUGAAGGAAGGAGAGGAGCGUGUUAAUGGUGGGGUGGAGGGGGUGGUGCUUUUGGUGAAAAGGAGGGGAGAGUGA